GGUAGGGAGAGAGAGAGAGUUAAAACGCCCUUUAUUAAACCGCAGUUCAAAGCGGAGCUCAGAACAGUAGCACCACAAGACAGAUCAUUCGUCUACAGUAAACACAAGGGCGGCUCUUUCCUCCUCAGUAAACACAGCUGCUCGCUCCGGCCCGCAGUGCAUCAUUACAACAAGGACAAGAGACGGGCCAGCAACAACAGGUUGGAGAUGAGUGCCAAAGCGUCGCUGCCAUUGGCUGCUGUGUGCGUGUGGGCGGUUGUGAUUGGCUGGGCGCGGUGCCAGGACUGGGGGUCGUGUCUGAAAGGAGGUAAACACAAACCCGCGCCGGGCCCGGAACCGCUUCUGCAGGAGUGCCAACUCUAUUCGGACAAUGCUUGCUGCUCGGCGCUCUCCCCCGUCUCUCUCGAUGACAUUUACUGGGACCAGUGUGGAUCUCUCAGCCCCAGGUGCGAGGGGUUCCUGAAACGGCUGGCGUGUUUCUAUCGCUGCUCCCCGGACGCGGCUCGCUGGCAACACCCCUCCCGACCGACAGCCAUCCAGGCCGUGCCGCUGUGCCUGCGAUUCUGCCAGCAAUGGUUCGACGCGUGUAAAGAUGACCUGACCUGCGCCCGGAACUGGAUGAGAGACACUCCGGCAAACAACUGUACCGGAAACUGCGUGACCUUCCAACAGAUGUACGGGGGAGGCAGGGAGCUGUGCCAGUCUCUCUGGGGGGACUCUUUCCUCGCGGUCCCGGAAGAGGAGGGGUCCUGCGCCUGCCUAACUCUCAACGCCUCGGACCAGGAGGUGAUGGAGGCUCUGCAGGGCCAGGAGGGGAGCCCUGAGGAACUGGACACUACCAAGACCGGGCUGCCCGUCCGCCCAGCCCCCUGCGGCCAGCCCCGCUCCACCACAGCGCCCCCUCUGUCCGGGAGGAGACAGCGCAAGAGAUCCGUCUUCAUUGAGGAUGUGGAAGGCAGCGGCAGCGGGUUUUAGAGCCUUCUGGAGCUCCAACGAGCAGGGAAAAAUAAAGCAUUGCAUCGAUUCAUUCAUAGAUUUAACUGUAUUAGCUUUUAGUCAUUUCAAAAGGGCAGACUGAAGGAUAGCAGGAUGCGGGCGGAGUUCAGCCUGUCUUAAUUUAAUUAACCCCCACAGAUGUAAAUCCCACCUUUAUUUUGACUCGGCCAAAGAUCUUACAAUAAAGACAAUACACUCAAUCUGAAAAAAAAGCCUAUAUUAACAUUAAGGCAGGCUCAUAAAAACACGACAGAUCACCCAGACUGAGCAGUGCUGAAUUUAGAAGUGCUAAAAGAAACGCACUAUAGUUUAUUUUAGUAUUUAAGAACAGAACACAGAAACUCAUAACUUAUCAACAUCAUCAUAAUCUGUCAUACUGUGUGCAAUUAUAUAUAAAUCUCACUGGUUUUCCUUUAUAUCAGAAUGCAUUCCUUUCUCUCUUGUGGUGUUUGCAGUCUGAGUUUUUUUUAACAGACCUUGUAAUAAGUUGCUACUGAAUCCUGAUCAUAACGAGAAUCAUACCAUGUAAAUGUAAUGGUCAUAUUACCAAUAAAAUAAUAUUGGAAACCAAA